AUGAAUAAUAACAAUACCCAAUUUGUACCAUAUAAACCUUUACCUCAACUACCACCAAAGAGGCAACCACCACUACCACCACAACAACAACAAAAACAACUUCCUAAACAAGAUAUAUCUAAUACUAUAAUAGUUGAAAAACAACCUAUUAAAUAUUCUAGUAAUAAUGGUCAAACAUCACAGCCUAUUAAUAAUAACAAUAAUCAAUCAUUAUUUCAAAUGUAUAGAAAGCCAAAUGUAACAUUACCACCAACACCAACACCAACUCCACAACCACUACAAAUAUCUCCUGACACUUCAAGUAAUAAUAAUAGUCUUUUACAAGACAAUGGUAAAAGCGAUACCUCCAAUAAACAUAAUAAUAAUAGUGGAAAUGGCUGGAAAUUUGCAAAUACACCAGUCAAUAGAGUUAGAGCUGCUUCCAACUUACCUGCACCUAUUCAUUAUCAAUCACCAAUAAUAACUCUAAACUCAUCAUCGUCGUCGUCGUCUUCACCUUCAAAUUCUCUUAAAUCGUCGCCCUCUUCACCGACACUUCCUAAACGGGUACUACAAAAACCAUUACCAAUAACACCUAUCACACCCAUCAAGUCAUUUCUCAAUAAUAAUCCAAAUUAUACUCACAUGGAACUACCACAACACUCAAGACUGAAACAAACUCAACAACAACAUCAGCAAUCAUCGUCUCUUCCAUCGAAUUCCAUACUUUCACAAAUGGCAGCAUCAAAAUUCAAUAACCAAAUUCAAACAACCACUAACAACAACCACCAUCAAAUUAAUAAUAAUGAUUUAUCAUCAUCACCACUACAACAAAAUAAUAAUAAUAAUAACUAUAAUAAUAAUUAUGGCAAUAACAGUAAUUUAGCAGUAACAAACUCUUUGACUUCUUUGACCAAUAAUAUCAAUAGUUAUAGUAAUAACGGUAUCAAUACCAAUGUGCAACUUAUUCCUUUAACAACAACUGUAUCACCAACAUCAACAUUGACAAGCUCAAAUCUUCAUUCUCAAACGUCAACUACAAAUAGUAGCAACAGCAACAACAAUUCACCCCAACUAUCACCACUACAGUCGCCUACAAGCCCGAGAAAGCAAACACUCAUUGGAAAAUUUAAAGGAUUUAUUAAUACCCCAAUUAAUAAUAAUACUAAUAUCAAUGACUAUAUUGUUUCAUCUUCAGCAAAUCUAAAUAACACAACAUCAUCGUCAAUAGCAACAACAACAAAUAAUAAUAGUAAUAAUAAUAAUAAUAACUAUAAUUCAGAUUCCAAUAAUCAGUCAGGUGAUAUCUCGAAUAGUAUCAAUAGCAAUUAUUACAUAAUGACUAAAGAGAAAAAGAUAUCUAGUGAGGAUAUUAUAAAGAUUUUCGAUUUGCCCAAGAAUGAAGUGAUUCUAUCUGAGCAUCCAUGUGCUUAUCGAAAAAAGGUUUCGAAAGCUGGAAAAUUAUAUAUAACCACCUCAUACUUUUGUUUUUAUAGUUUAAUUUUUAAUAGUGAAAUUAAAGAACACCAAGCAUUUAAAGAUAUAAAGAAUAUUAAAAAAGUAACAUCAAUUAUAUUAGGUAGUUCAAUCGAGAUUUCAACUAAAGAUUUUAAAUAUGUAUUUGGAUUAUUUGAUAGUACUGAUUCAGCAUAUUGGGCAUUGAUGAAACAGUUUAGUCAUUAUCAAUCAUUGUCUGAAGUCAAACCAAUUGCAUUCCUUACAAAGAGACUAUCACUACAUAAUAUAUUUAGUAUUAGUAAUGACUUUGGAAAUGAAGAUCAAAAUAAUAAUGCUCCUCCUGUUGGAAAAUCAAGGAAAACCAAAUCAAUAAUUAUCAAUGAGUCUGAGAAGAACAAUGAAGGAAGAGUUAGAUUCACAUCUAUGUCUGCCAUUCAAAAGGAUGGCGCUGUUGUCCCUUUGGAGUCGAAUCUCAUGAGAACCAGAAGUGGAUCAUUGCCAUCCUAUGCAACCACCAAAAGAAAGAAGAUCAAAGAGAGUUUCUCACAAUUGAUACAAACUAUAAAUAAGAGACAAUCACCUCCACCCAUACCCGAUUUCCAACAACAGUUUAAUAAAGAUGAUAAUAAUAGUUAUUCAACCGAGAAUAAUAAUAAUAAUAAUAAUAAUACUAGUUCGACUACAACAACAACUACAACCUCUACUUUAAAAUCAACAUCAACUACAAAAACAAACGAUUCCUCUUUCUCUCCAGUUUUUGAAGAAAAUGGAGCAUCUUCUACAUCACCAAAGAAUACUGUUAGUAACAAUAUUCUUGAACAACUCACUAUUAAAUCUACUGGAUCAUCAGUUGACAAUGGUGAAACCAAGUCAAUUUCCCCACCAAUUCAAAGAAUGAAACUAAAGAACAGGUCGAUUACAUUUGGUUGUGAUUUAAACAAAGACUUUAAAAUGGAUGAAAGAUCAAUAAUCACAAAAGAGAAGGAGAAGGAAAAGGAAAUUUCAACUCCUUCUAAUUCAACCUCCAAUCAAAGUUCGACACCAACAGCCAAUUCACCACCAAGAGAUCUUAGAGACAGAUCCAAUUCAAUUUUCAACAUUAUGAAGAAUCGUAAGAAGAUAACAAAGAACAAGGAAUCGGAAGACAAGCUAAGUCAAAUGCUCAUCUCCAGAAGAAGCAAAUACGAUGCAGCUCAACUCUAUCUAAACGAGGAUGUAAUCGGUAUUCCAAUUGAACAGUUGAGAAUCGAUGACACUGGUUGUCCAUUGUUUGCCUCGAUGCUGUUCAAUCACUUGGAAUCAUUGGUCACCGAGACCAACCAAGCUAACACCAUUACCAUACAAUCAAUUUAUCUUUCUCACAUUUUCGGAAAUCCAACCAGACUGAGCAACAACGGAUCAAAUGGAACUGGAUCGGCAGCAACCCCCAAUGGAAAUGGAAAUACUCAACUCUUUGUUGAAGAGAUAACUGAAGAUCAAAUGGAAAUGGAGUUGGAAAACAACAACUGUUCUCAGUCUGCUAAUGGACUAUCCAGCUCUUCAGCCCUAAAGAAUAGAAACGGGGCGUUGGAGAGAUUGUUAAUUAGAACAAAACGUGGCAAGGAAGAUGUCUAUAAAGAGUUGGGUAGUUCACCGAGAGUGAUCGGCGAGCUAUUGAAACACUUUUUAAGAUCAUUACCACAGCCAUUGAUGCCAGAGCAACUUCUCACUUGUCUAGAGGUAGAAGACCACCAAUACAAAAUCUCAAUGAUUCGUUCGCUAAUCUACUCACAACAGCAAGCCGCUUGGACAUUAUUUAGAAUGAUGAUUUGUCACUUUGUAAAGUUGGCAGAUCAAUAUUCCAGUUGCUAUCGUAGCUCCAUCCUAACACCGGAUCUCAACUCACUGGCAUCCAGUUCUUCGUCAGUGAAUAACAUUGGAUUGUACCUUUCCAAACAAGAGAUCUAUGAAUACAUCUCAACCAUUUUCGGUCCAUUGAUUAUUGGUACUGAAAACGAUGAGUUGAACAGCACCAGCACCAACUCAUCCACUCCAGACAAUAACAAUUCUCCGUCCAACUAUAAGAAAUCGAUCGAUACUCUACUGUUCAUUCUAUUGAAUCAUUUGGAUUUCAUUUGUGAUUCCAUCAAUGGUGUUCAAUAUGGUAUCAAGAAAGGUAAACAAAUUGUAAAGUCAGCCCCGAUCGAUCAACUGAUUAUCAAGUUGACAGAUGUCCAUUAUCGUGACGACACUCUUCUGGACACAUUCAAUCUGACACACGAAGACUACUUUAUAAGUAGUACUGAAUAUGUUGAGCGACUCUUUGACCUGUACAACAAGUCGACCGAGCAAAAGUGUAUUGAUUCACCAUGGAGAUUGGCAGUUCGUGAACGUAUCCUCUAUUUGAUUCGUAAGCUAAUGGAAUCAAAACAGCGAUCCUACUGGCAAGCAACCGACCCAGUUGGUUCCAAACUUCUACUCUCGAUUCGUCAGUUGAUUAGCGAUAAUCUCAAACUCAGAAUCUCUUCAUACGAAGAAAACAAACAAUUACUUCAACUCGAUGAAUAUUGUAAACAACAAACGGACUUUUCAACCAUUAUCUUUAAUAGCAAUAGCAAUAGCAACAGUAGUAAUAAAUCGACAACAACAACACCCAAUUCAUCAGCACCAUCAACUCCAACACUAUCAUCAACUAGUAGCAGUGUAAAUACAAGUCCAGUGAGUGCCAGUCCAAAGAAAUCAAAGAACGACUUUAUAUUGGCUGCAACCAGAACAAUGCCAACCAGAAAGUUUACAGUUGUCGACAGUGAUUCCGCCGAAGUUUCCAUUCAAAUCGCUCUGUUGGACGAGCAGACGUUCAGUGCUCUACACGUAUCAGAGUUGUUGCUCAAUAGAUUUGCCAAACCAGCUGAAUCACCUUGUUUCCAGGCAAUGGUGGCAUCUUUCAAUCGAUGGAGUUCUUGGGUUGGCUCGGAAGUGGUGGGUGCCACCAGUUCAUCGGCAAGAGCCGCGCUAUUCGAGAGAUUCAUUGAGAUCGCAUCUAACCUGCUGGAACUCAACGAUUUCCACGGUAGCUAUGCAAUAACUAUGGGAUUGCAACACUAUGCCAUCAGAAGACUCACACUCUCUUGGGAGAAAGUCAGUCGCAAAUCGAUGUCCUCCUAUCAAUCGUUGCAACGACUGUUUGCCACCGAUGCCAAUCACAAAGCCUAUCGUGAACGUCUUCACAGCGCCAAAUCACCAUUAGUCCCAUACAUUGGUAUCUAUUCAAAGGAUCUAUUUGCCGUUGGUGAUGCAUCUCCCACCACACUUAAAGAUAACAACUAUAACGACAAUAACAAUAAUAGCUAUAGCAAUGUAACUAUACUCAACCUUGAUAAGAUGAGACAGAUUCAAUCGAUAUUACAUCUAUUACAAUCUUAUCGACAAAGUAGCUAUCCAAUGAAGUCUGUAUCGACCUUACAAAACAAGAUAUUGGAUCGCCAAAUUUUGAAUGAUGAUGAAAUGUAUGAAAAAUCUCUUUUGUUGGAACCAAGACAACAACAAUGA